AUGCCCAUUGUCGGAGAUUCGCCUCCGGCUCCGCGAAGAGCGCGGCGUGUCACAUCGGCUUGGUCUGCUGAGCCGGCAGCGACUGUUGAGGACUUGAAGGACUUCCGCAAGGAGGCCCGCCGGCUGCCUGAAGCCGGUGCGGUGGAAACUGGCGAUUUGGUCGUUGUCGUGGAGCCUUCGAGAAGUUGGCAUGGCAGAGUCUGCCAGACAGAGUUUGCAGAUGCGGGAGCGACUCUUUGGCUGAAAAAAGCUGAGGAUGUGGAGCUCUCGCUGAGCAAACUGUCUGCGGAGGUUUGCACUCUCCCAAAAAGAGGCCGCGAGACAGAACCCAAGGCUUUGAAACGCCGCGACGUGGUGCGCUUGCCGUGGCCAGGGCUUCGCAGGCCGCCACCGCCCAUGACAGAGCAACAUUACAUGGCCCAGGAUUGGGACAAGCUUUCGGACAAGCGCUUCAGUCCCGGGAGGCUCAGUUCGACCUGGGACAGCAUGGACGCACCGUCACGGCGAAAGUACCGCGGUGCCUCAGUAGCGGCCAUCGAGGUGUAUCAGCAGGUUGCCCAGUGGCGGCUUCGCAUGCAUGCCCUGCUCAAGGAGCUGCUGGACGUGGCACCCAAGCCACAGGUCAAUGCGUACAUGCUCUACACGAUGGAGAAAUCGAAGAAGCCGGCGGAACCAUUGCCGCCAUGGCAGGACGUCAAAGAGGAAUACCAGAAGCUUGUCGUGCGACGGAACCAACAGCUGCGGGAGAUGCGCGAUCUCUACAUAGAGGUUCUGGAGCUUUGCUCCCGAUGUGAGAAGCUGCGUGUCUUGAAGCUCUACAAGAAUGACAUCAACGAUGAUGGCGCGCAGGCACUGAGCCGCUUCGUGCGCAAGUGUUACACACUCGAAGAGCUUCACCUCUCCCACAACCGCUUCACCGAGCGGGGUGUAGAGUUGCUGGUGAGAGCUGCCGAAGAGGCACGGACCCAGGCGAAAUCUAGUGUCCCCAUGUGGACACGCCUGGAGCAGAACGAGGUGAAGAACCCCGAUAAGGUACUGGAAUAUUUGGAAAAGGAGUACAGUGCCAUGGAGCUCAGCUGUGCUGAAAGCGGGCCAUCGGAGGCCUCGCCUGCCCGUGCCUCGGGCUGCCAGGCCCUUCGCGACGGAGAGGAAGAGGAUCGUCUCUCCACAGCAGCGCCGUCACUUUGUGACGACCGCGAGGAUGCCACGACGAGGUGGGCAGAUGUUGCCGACGUCGACUGCAAUUUUCUGUCAGCUGAGAAGGCUCCACAGAGCCGACGCUGGGCUGACCUCUGUGACUCGGACGAGUCAGACGACGAGCAAGAUCAGGCACAAUCCUCGUCCACGCCUCCCAGGGAGUCCCAGAGAGACUCGAAGGUAUCUUCCCCUGUCAAGCCGCGAUGGGCAGAUCUCGCAGAAGACAUUGACCAGCAGGAGACCACAGCAUCUACAAGCUCGCAUGCUGUGACUCAAAGCUCACAAGCAUCUGAAGACGAAGGCUGGAGCUACAAGUCCUCCAAAUGGUGGAAGAACUCGUACGCGGAUGAUUCAAAAGCAACAUCGUCUGCAGCGGCCUACGACUACGGUGGUUAUGGCAGAAAGUCCCAGUGGCGCCCGGCCGGCGAGUCCUACGGUCAGGUGCAAGGACAUCGACAAACAUGGUGGUCUGCCGGAGGCUGGCAGUACGAGAAGCCCUCGUACGCACCGAAAGGGAAAGGCAAGGGCAAGGCCGCCGGGCCCAAGGGCGGCAAGGCGAGCAGCAAGGGAGGAGGUGGUGCAGGUGGCGGCUCCAAGUGCCAGUGCCAGUACAUCAUUGGCAUUGAAGAGGAGGGCCGCUUCCGAGUAUGCCGACGACUGCUGGGUCAGAAGGGCCAGCACAUGAAGGACAUCGCCGAGAAGACAGGUGCCAAGCUCCGCCUCCGUGGCCGUGGUUCCAAAUUUCUCGAGGGUCCGGAGCAGAAGGAGUCUUCGGACCCCUUGAUGCUUUGCGUCAGCGUGCCCGACCCCGCCUCCUACGAGGAAGCUAAGCACUUGGUCUCCUCCUUGUUGGAGGACAUCUACAUUCAGUACCGCGAGUUUCAGCUUUCCGAAGGACUGAAGCCGAAGAACCUGCAGGUGAACUUGCACGAAGGACAGUCUAUAUCGUUCGAACUUGUUCCUGGCAUUUCCUGGCCCUCAGAGGGGGCCCUGGCUUCAUGUGACUCUGCAUCUCUUGCCGAAUUGUACAAAGAGCAGGAGUUCGGGCAGGCGAACAACGAUGGCCCCCGAAAGCGGAAAUGGGCGCCGCCUCCGGAGCCCGUGGAAGACACGGACCCCUGGAAGGACACAGACUGGCGCGAAGGUCGUGAUGAUUGGUUCGAUGGUUGCCCUGAGGCCUUCCGGAAGGUUCCAGAAUGGGAAGAGCCGGCCAAAAAAAAGUGGCGCACGGAGGAGGAGGACUGGGAUGGGACCGGCGAGCCGCGUCCUUCGGGUGUUAAGGCGGGGUUGGUGUGCACCUUGCAGCACCUUGCUUAA